UAGUUGUCACAAGUUUAUUAAAGUAAUUUUCUUGCAGGAAACAGAUGAUAAUUUGUCGGUGUGUAUUGUGCUAUUACAACAAUAUUUGCGACAAGAAAAAAUAAGGAAUGAGUGCCCAUCCCAUUUUUGUAACGCUUAAGAUGUGUAAUAUUUGAACAGGCCACAGCACUAGACAUUCAGUCUGUUCUUACCACAUUCACAAAAAAUGUUGAGUAAUUCUAACCUUGGUACCAGCACGCCACCGAAAAAUCAACACUUUAAUCUAGAUUAAUUUUCAUUCAUCUAAGUGACCACCCUCCUCUUUUUUUAAGUAUAUAUACUUUGAAUCACUGCUCAUUAUUCAGACAGCAUCUUGUGCUCUACUGAAACAAAUAAACAACAAUAUGAAAUUCUUGGUAGUCCUUGUAGCUAUUGUAGCCAUCGCCUCUGCUGGGGACAAAAAAGAAAAACGCGGUCUUUUGGGUCUUGGUUUGGGAUAUGAAUCCCAUGGAAUCUCCGACCUUAGCUACUCUCACGGAGACCUUUCCCUUGGUCAUGGAUACAGCUCAUACUCUUCCCCUCUCGUAUCUGCCCCAGUUGUACACGCUCCAGUAGUCAAGACCAUUGCUGCUCCAGCCAUCUCCACGUACUCCCAUGCUCCAUUGGUAUCCUCCUACGCCGCUCCAGCUUUAUCCCACGGAUACGGAUACGCCGCUCCAGCUUUGUCCCACGGAUACGGAUACGCCGCUCCAGCUUUGUCCCACGGAUACGGAAUCGCCAAAUCUUACUCCGCUCCUUUGGUAUCUUCGUACUCUGCUCCAAUCGUAGCUAAGACCUACUCUGCUCCAUUGGUAUCUUCCUACGCCGCCCCAGUAGUAGCCAAGACCUACUCUGCUCCAUUGGUAUCUUCCUACGCCGCUCCAGUAGUAGCCAAGACCUACUCUGCUCCAUUGGUAUCUUCCUACUCCGCCCCAAUUGUUGCCAAGACCUACUCUGCUCCUCUUGUAUCUUCCUACGCCGCUGCCCCAGUUGUAUCCCAUGGAUACGGACACGGACAGGGACUCUCUUUGGGAUCCGGAUACGGAUACUCCGGUCUUUCUUCUUACGGACACGGAUGGUAAAUUAUACUGUGAUUAAUUCUAUAUUGUGCCUUAUUUAUAAAUAAAUGUUGUUUAUUUAA